UCGUACGUCAAUGACAGAAAAUGUAAACAAAGAUUCGCCUGAAGGAUGUAACCUUAUUUUGUCUUGUUCUGUUGUUGUUUUGGGUAUUGUAGGAAGAGGCGGAACUCGGAGUGGUAAUGGAUAACAUGAGCGCUGGCCAAGAAUUGUUGAGACAGAAAGAGGACAGGCUGAAAGUUUUGGAGAACGCUUUGCUCGGGGGACUGUCAACUGCAUCCGACUCAGAGGACACCUUUCUUAGAAACGACAGACAUGCUCGUCCGUCACGCUCGUCCGACAGGCACCGCCCACGAAAAACGCCGCGUAAGACGGUUGAUGACGACGACAGCAGCGGAAUCAGCAGCAGCGAUUAUGGUGACGUCAUCAGCGGAAACGUCAGAAGAAGUGACGUCAAAACGGGGAGGCAGCCGAAGGUGGCCAUUCCCAAGAGUUUGAGGAAACCUACCACUGGCGAAGAAAGUUCGGAAGCAGUUCAAUAUUCACUGCAACAGAUCAACACGGAUUUAGCGCGAAUUUUGACGUUACUACGGACAAGGCCGCCUGCGUUCACGUACCCAACCGUCACGCAGCCGAUUCCGGAUGCUCUCAGAGGUUCUCGUGUCACGCCUGUUUAUCCUGAAGCAAGUCAUAGCAGUCAGGGUCAGUUUGCUUAUCAGCCUGGUCCUCUGGCACAACCUUAUCAGUUGAGAGGUGCUGGGGUGCCUGUGGUACCGGCUGGUACAUCUUCGUUACCCGGUCACCAAGUGCAAACUCAAAGUUUCAAUCCUCUGAGCAGUGUCCCACCUCACCUCCAGGCUUCGUACAGAAACCAAGAGAGCACAGAAUCACAACUGGAAAGAAAGUGGAGAUCAUAUUUUGGAGGUACAGAACGUAUGACCCUCAAACAAGGAUCAUUCGAUCAAUUACGUGACACACCAGCCUCGCUUUCACUCGGACCUACGAUGAGCCUACCGGCGGCAAGGGAGCCGCCAAGCUUAAGGAACUGGACCUCAGAGAGAGAAUUAAGUACCGCUGAGCGAUUGCAGUCUCACGCGGAAUGGCUUCGAAAUUUUCGACGCGACGCGGGUCUGCAGGUGAACAAUUCGAGGGGACUGGAGGAGAGAGCGAUGUCAUUCCCUGGAAGCCAAGGACCAUCAAGCGACUUUCAACCUGGGAUGUCCCGUGGCCGUUCGUUAACUUCUAGACCUCCCCGGCUAGGGCUCACAGAAAAUAAUCAAAUCCGAUGGGUUUAAUUGCAACCCGAAGAAAGAAUCGUUUACAGCGUUCUAAGAUGUCGGUAAAGCGUUUUGUAACAGCGGAAAAACAAUUUUAUCCGCAGUGGUCGCUAACGGUUUUACAGAACAGUCGAGUCUUGUGUGAUUUAUCUAUGCGUGCGUCGUACAGAGAAUUUUCUCAGUAAUCUUUGCGUGAAGUUAUGUCGAGUUCGGAAUUGUGAUUUUCUGUGUGAAUUGUGAAAUAGCAAAAUCAGAGAAGCGUGUGCUCAACUAUGUUAUGUGCGCCCUUGUUUUAUCGGGAACCUCUUUGAAACCAAAAUUUUCUGUAACAGAAAUUGCGCGCGGAUGAAGUUCCUGCCCGCAAAAACUCUCCUUGAGCGUACGUAAUGUUUUAAAAAUAAAGAUAAUUUUGCGACAUUGCCGUUCUAAA